AUGAAAGAGCGCUGUGAUGACCUCCCCUCAGUGAGCAGGUCCAUGACGCCCCACGCUCACACUUUGUCUUGGCUGAGUGACGCUGGAAGACUGAGGACAUCUAGUGGCAGAGAACAGUUGUUGUCCCUGAACAGGCAGAGAUUGAUCAUCCCUGCCUGUGGGCUGAUUCAGGAUUUGUGGGCUGGUAGUGGCGGAGCAGCCACGGGCAAAUGGCGAAGCUGGAAUGUCAGCCAUGUGGACAGACUGGAUCUGCGGAGUGUUGUGAUUGGCCACGCUUGGCCGAUGGCAGAAAAUAGCUUCUGUGAAAAAGAAGAUGUGGAUUGCCUAGAUAUGUUCCAGUACAUUGGGUGGUUGAUGACCCUGAAAGUCUUGACCGUAGCUUUGCCAUGGUGCCAGGGGACUUGUGGCGUCAGCGCAGAUGGAAAAAUUGUCACUUGCAAAGGACAGGAUCUUGAACGGGUCCCUCCGAAUCUCUCAGAGAACUUGGUGUACCUGGAUCUAUCGUAUAAUAACAUUUUAAAAAUAGGGGCCGAGGACUUUCUUCAGUACCCCAAUCUACACACGUUAAACCUGAGCUUCAAUAAUAUUUCAUACAUCGAAAACAAAACAUUUCAGUACAACGCACUUAUAAGGAACUUGAGUUUGUCUAAUAACGCUCUCAGUGAGAUUCCUCAUUCUUCCUUGGAAGAUCUGGGGGACUUGCAGAUCCUUGACUUGUCCAACAACUUCUACAAACGUGCUACUCUUGGGGAGGUUUUCUGCAACCUGGUGAAUCUGAAAGAAUUGUCCGUAGGAGGUCCUCGGGUCUCCGGCAUCUUCAAAGAUGACUUUGCUCCAAUCAUAAAUAUCAGUCUCAAUAAGUUUGCUUUGAAAUCCAAGUCCAGCUUAGACUUUUAUGAACCCGGGGCCUUCUUGGUGCUGGACACGCAGAUUUUGUGGCUUGACAUUGCUGUGGAUACGAACGCAACCCUACUGAGUGAUAUGUUGAAGGAUUUGAAAAAUAAGUCAAUCUCUAGCCUCCGUUUGCGAAACCUGUUUGGGUCGUCGUGUUACAUGGGCAUCGAAGAUAUAUUUGCUUAUCUACCAUAUAUUGAUUUAAGAGACCUGGUCUUCUACAGAGGGAUUUUUAAUGAGAACCUCCUACGUCUGGUCUUGCAGAAUGUCCAAGUUUCUUCUGUACAGAACCUAUACCUGCUCUCUAUUGAUUUUGCCUCUUCUCCAAAUCCUAAUAUAUGGAAUACCACCAUUGACAACUUAAAUUUGGACAACCUGGUGAUACAGGAUGUCACCAACCCAGACAUACUUCAAUUUGACUGGACGUUCACCUGGUUCAGCAAGGUCACCAACCUCAGCAUCACUAAUGUGAACUUUAACAUUCUUCCUUGCGAUGCUUGGCGCCAGAUGACCAAUCUAGUUGUGCUUAAUAUAUCAGGCAACCGCCUCUUGGCCACGUACCUGUACAAACAGUUGUGCAGGAACAACAUGUUCUCCAAUAUUGAGAUAUUUAAUGCUAGCUACAACGAUAUGCGCAGUCUGAAGACGCUUUCUUUGUUAACAGCUGGGUGGCCAAAACUCAUCUACCUUGACCUUAGGUCAAACCACUUUGGGGUUCUCGACGAAACUUGUGUGUGGACAUCUGACAUUAAAGUUCUUAUUUUGAGGGACAAUUUGCUGCAGUACGAAGUGUUCCGCUGUCUACCUACAACAGUGGAGCACUUGGACCUCUCCAAUUCUCACCUCGAUCAACUGGAUAUGCAUUACUUUGACAAGGCCACCAAUUUGACAGAACUGAUACUUAGCAACAAUAAAAUCAAGUUCAUACCCUCCGGGUGGCGCAGUCCCAACCUUCAAGUGCUGGCACUGGAAGGCAAUUCCUUUGGAGUUAUUGAUCAGGGUUCUUUUCGAGAUUUGCCCCAGUUGACACACUUGACAGCGGGCAACAAUCCUUACCACUGUACAUGUGACCUUUAUGCCUUCAUCACAGACACUCUGAAAGAAGGGUCUUUGGGUCUUGAUGACUGGCCCGAUAAUUAUUACUGCUAUCACCCCCCGUAUUUACUAAACACUAGAAUUGAACACUUCAGCCCUGGAAGGCUGGAGUGUAGCGUUGGCUUGGUGGUGGCCAUAUCUGCGUCGGUGACGGCUUUCGUUGUCAUUGUCUGCAUGUUUUUGUGUUGGCGGUUUAAUGCACCAUGGUACAUUCGAGCGACUUGUCAAAUAAUCAAAACCAAAUAUCGGUCGCGGAAGGCAAAACACAGCAGAGACUAUGACUACCACGCCUUCAUCUCUUACAGCUAUUCGGACGCUGAUUGGGUAAGAGGGGUUCUACUCCGCCAUCUGGAGAACUCUGACCCACCCUACAGAGUAUGCAUCCAUGAGAGAGACUUUCUGCCAGGGAAAUGGAUUAUCGAUAACAUCAUAGAGAACAUUGAGAACAGCCAAAAGAUCAUCUUCAUUCUGUCACACAACUUCAUCAACAGUGAGUGGUGUAACUACGAGCUCUACUUCGCCCACCAAAGGGCCAUUGGCCACGCUAUGGAAGACGUCAUCCUGGUGGUCAAGGAAAGCGUCAGUAUGGAAGAUCUGCCGAAAAGGUUCCACAGGCUACGGAAAAUUCUUAGGACCAAAACGUAUUUGGAGUGGCCUAUGGAGGAAAGCAGACAACCCUUCUUUUGGGUCCAGCUCAAGAGCAUCUUAGCGAAGGGCAGAUCAAGUAUUAAGGGGCAAGAUAAUGUAUCUCUGAUCAUUGAAAAUGCUAUAGUAAGGAAGAAGAGCAGCUUCAAGGAAACGGCCACCCCCACAGAGGCCACCCCUACAGAGACCACCCCCACAGAGGCCACCGCUACAGAGACCACCCCUACAGAUGACAGCAAUGUGAAUAAUGCUGAAACAGGACAAACAUAG